UCGUCUGUCGAUGCAGACGUUUAUAGUGUGCACUGGUCGGAUUAGAAUGUAAUUAAUUAGUCGUACUCCGUUGUUUGGGUUGACUGUCAAAUAGCAGCGAAAAUGUCAGGCUUCAGCGCCGAGCUUAUCGAUUACCUGGAGGGGAGGAUUACAUUUGAGGAGUUUGACAGGAGGAGAGACGAGAGGAAAGCCAAGGAGGCUGGAGUGUCGGUUGAAAAUGAGGAGGUGGCCCGGCCUUCCACCUCUCCAACUAACCUGGCAAAAAUUGAGGAAGGAGUCAGCCCUGGGGUUCAGCAAGCCUUCGCCUCGAUGCUGGGCGAAUCUACCGACCAGAUAUUAUCAGAUGAGGAUAAUGACAGUUUGGGCUAUGUUGACGACAAGAAUGACGAGGAUUUCGCUGUAGAAGAGGACGUAAAGGAAGAGGAAGAGGAUGAGGACGAUGAGAAGGAGGAAGAGUUGAAGUUGAAAGUGAAGGAUAAGAAGCCGAGGAAGAGGAGGAGGAGGUAUGACAGUGAAGACAAGGAAACUGAGGACAUGACAGUCGGAGACGUGCUCGCACUGGAGAUGGAGCUAAACCGUGAAAACAAGAAAAUGAUGAAGGAACGGCGCAACCGUAGUAAACUUCCCCGAGCCCUCAGAGGCUUGAUGGGUGAGGCGAACAUUCGCUACGCCAGAGGAGAGAAAGACGAUGCCAUCGCAAUGUGUAUGGAGAUCAUACGACAAGCUCCACUGGCCUACGAUCCGUUCUCCACACUGGCGAUGAUCUACGAGGACGAAGGCAACAUGGACAAAGCUCUGCAAUUCAGUCUGAUCGCUGCCCACCUAAACCCCUCCGACUGCGAGGAGUGGAUAAGGCUAGCUGAGAUCUCACUGGAGCAGGACAAUGUCCGGCAAGCUCUUGUCUGCUACAACAAAGCCGUCAAGUAUGCUCCCACCAACGUCCGCUACCUGUGGGACCGCUGCAGCCUCCUCAUGCGUCUAGGGGAGCACAAGCAGUGCAUGGAUGGCUACCGCCGAAUCCUGUCUCUGUUGCCAAUGGAUGAGGCCGAGCACUUCAUGCAGCUCUCCAAGGACAUGGCUAAGAGUUAUUAUGAAAGUGGUGACCUGCCCUCAGCACUCGGUGUAAUUGAGGAGGCUCUGGCACGACACCCCAACCUGGUCAGCGAUGACAUCAUCAACAUGGCCGCUGAGCUCUACAUCACCAACCACCAAUAUGAAAAGGCUUUGCAGGUCUUGGUCAAUUUUGUGGGUGUGGUUCUGGUCCAGGAUGAAAGUCACUCAGACUCCACCGUUAACGAUCAGAAUUUGUCAGAGGAGACAAACGAGAAUGAAGAGAAGAACGAGGAGGAAAAGUCAACGACGACAGCAGAAAUGACAUCAGCGGGCAAAUCUGAAAUCAAGGAUGUUCAGGUUCCAGACAACAUCCCGGUGGACCUCAAGGCAAAGCUGAUUGUCUGCCUUAUCCAUAUGCGCAUCUGUGCACCCCUGGAGGCCCAAGUGUCCUCUCUGAUGGAGCAAAGUGCAGAGGAGAUCGGCGAUUUAUACCUGGACGUGGGUGAGGCCUACCUGGAGAAGGGAGAGUACCUGUCUGCUCUACCUUUGCUGUCUGCACUUGUCAUAUCUGAGAAAUACAACCUGGCUGUCGUCUGGCUUAGGCACGCAGAGUGUCUGAAGGCAUUGGGUGAAAUGAAAGCAGCGGCUGAAAGCUUCACGAAGGUGGUGGAGUUGGCGCCGCAGCACUUGGAGGCGCGGUUGUCCCUUGCCACCUUGCAGCAACACCUCGGUCGGCCGGAGUGUGCCCUCAAAGCUUUGGAGUCCAUGUACGACAACGACACGCUUGCCCAAGACUCAAAUGCAGCUCAAAAGGAGCUAAAGUUGCUCCUGCAUCGGUCCACGCUGUUGAAAACGCAGGGCCUCAUCCAGCACUACUUGGAUGCUGUGAUCACUAUGAUGUCCAUGCUCCUUAAGGUGGCCAUGCAGCGCGCCAAGGUGUGUGUGCGUUCUGUCAUCAUGUCAGGAGAGAAACAUCUGCGCUUGGUGAAGGUUGAGAACAUGCUGUCGGAAAUUGCGGACCAGGAAGCGGCAUAUUUGGACAUCACUUGUAAAACCAAAGUCCUGUCUAAAGAGGACUGGUGGCAGCUGCUUCUGAGCUGCGUGCUCACACUGUGCGACGUGCAACGCUACGAAGAAGCAGAGCUAAUGGUCGAUUCCGCAAUGGAGUUCUACUCCUUCUAUGACAUCAAGCCCAGGAGGAAGGAGCUGGAGUUCCUUGGGCUCUCGGCCAGCAUCCUGGACCGCGACCACCACAAGGCCUACAACUACAUCAGAUUGAUGCUGAUGGACAAUGUGGAUCAGCCCCAGCUUUGGAAUAUUUUUAACCAACUGACAACAUCCUCCCACCACCAACGUCAUCAUCGCUUCUGUCUGCGUCUGCUUUUGAAACAUCCCGACAACCGUGCCCUGUGUGUCCUCUGCGGACACAAUGCCAUGGUCUCAGGCAGCUUUAAACACGCCCUGGGUCAGUACGUUCAGGCCUUCCAGUCUCAGCCUGACGAUGCACUCCUUAACCUGUUUGUGGGCCUCACCUUUUUCCACAUGGCAUCCCAAAAAUUUGUGGCUAAGAGGCACACAUUGAUUGUUCAGGGUUUCGCCUUCCUGCGGUGGUACGUGGAACUGCGUGGGGAGUGUCAGGAGAGCAUGUAUAAUUUGGGUAGAGCAUUGCACCAGAUUGGCCUUACACAUUUAGCCAUUCAUUACUACCAGAAGACUCUUCUACUACCUGUACAGAACCUAGAGGGUAUCCCUGAUGACCAAGUGGAUCUGAGGAGGGAGGCGGCCUUCAAUCUUUCCCUCAUCUACCAGGCCAGUGGCAAUGUUGAGAUGGCCCACCAGCUCAUCAACACACACUGCGUCAUCUGACAAUGGGCCAGGAUUGGAACUAGAAGGACGAUGUCUAGGAUUCAUAUCAGCAGUUAAAUUAGCAGGUGAAUUAUCACCUGUAACUUGAAUUAUUAUCAUGUAGAAAUAUCAUGUUUGUUUUUUACAUGUAAACAUUUCAAAUAUAAAAGUUUCAUAUAUUUAAUAAAAGGCGCAAUACUG